GUUAGGGGAGGGAAAAGACCGUCUAACUCAAUCUUCAUUAGUAAGGAUCUCAGACACAGAUUUUAGGGGAAUGUUCCUGCACUGGAUGGCAAACGAGCAGGGAGCUUUAAUUUGUGUUUCUCUGUAACAUGGGGACUGGCUGAUAAAACAUUUGUGAGAACAGAGAAGGAGGGAAAAGAACAAAACAAGGGCAAAGAACAAUUUCAUCAAAGUAGACAUGAUCUCCUCCACAGUGUUGUUCUAUGGGACCUACGUGUUGUGCCUGUGUCUGGGACUGCUGUGUGUGGUGUUUGUCAGUUACUGGAACAUCGAGUGGCGUGGUGGCUUUGCCUGGGAUGCGUCCUUUCUGCAGUUCAACUGGCAUCCCGUGCUCAUGGUGACUGGCCUGGUAGUCCUGUAUGGGAAUGCGGCUAUCCUAUAUCGCAUCCCCUUUACCUGGAGUCAGAGGAAGCAGCACUGGAAGCUGGUGCACGCUGCUCUGCUGCUGUCCUCCCUGAUCCUGUCCAUCCUUGGGCUGUGUGCUGUGUUUGACUUCCAUACAGGCUACCACAUCCCCAACCUGUAUUCCCUCCACAGCUGGGUGGGCAUCUGCACCGUAGUCCUGUUCACUGCCCAGUGGCUUCUUGGCCUGGUUGGUUUCCUGUCUCCCUGCUCUCCUCUCGGGUUCCGUAAGCUCCUGAAACCAGUUCACGCCUGGAUGGGCAUGGCCAUCUUUAUCCUCAGCCUGGCCUCCUGUCUCUCUGGCAUCAACGAAAAACUGCUCCUUGCUCUCAAUGGCAACAGCAACAGCACCGCAGCCUAUUCCUCACAUCCUGCAGAGGCCUUGUUUGCUAACUUCCUGGGUGUCCUAAUCGUGGCCUUUGGAUUGGUGGUCCUUGGAAUCCUGUCCAACCAGAGGUGGAAUAGGCUGGAGCCAGGGGAGGAGAGCUCUAGAUCAUUGCUUCCGGAGGACAACUGAAGAAGUAGAAGACCUUGGUGUUCUCUUCUUUCUCCCUGCCCUUUUCUAUUUUUGGAUAAUGGAUCAAUUGGAGACAAAGAACACUCUGAUGUUCCCUCCUGUGUCUCAGAACACCAGCUGUGGUAGUAGUUACACGUGACAUAAUGACAUGAUGACUGACAUGCAAUGUUUUUACUCUAUACCGCCUAUAGUAUACGGGAGACUAUGUGCAUUAAAGCCUUAUUGUGUGGUAUAAGCCCUAUAGAAAAGUUUGUAGUCAUUCACACAUCCUUAAAAACAUAGGUGUUGGGCUAAUAAAGAAUACUAGUAUAGAACAAUAAUUCACCACUUUAUUGACAACCUUUUGAACCAAAACUAAUUUUUGUCAGGAAAAAAAAAAACUGAGUGCUCACAUCCCAAAAUAUACACAUUUCACCACAUAUGACCAUUGCUGACAUGAUGCAUGGUGGGUGCAAAAGCAAUUUGUGUGUCUCUAAUAAUGUAAUAACUAUCACAUGUCAGGUAAGACCCAGAUGCAGACAACGUCGAAGUAACAACAGUUUAUUAAUCGAACAGGGGCAGGCUCAGGGCAGGCAGAGGUCGGUUAUCCAGAUAGGUGGGGCAAAGGCACAGGACGGGAGGCAGGCUCAGGGCAGGCAGAGGUCGGUUAUCCAGAUAGGUGGGGCAAAGGCACAGGACGGGAGGCAGGCUCAGGGCAGGCAGAGGUCGGUUAUCCAGAUAGGUGGGGCAAAGGCACAGGACGGGAGGCAGGCUCAGGGCAGGCAGAAUAGUCAACACCGGUACAAAUACACAGGGGAUAAUGGGUAAGAUGGGCGACACCAGGAGGGGGGUGGAGACAAUCACAAAGACAGGUGAAACAUCAGGGUGUGACAAAUAACAAUGAGAUGGGUACAUGUAGUCAUUCCAGAAAAUAAUAUAUAUUUCCAAAAUGACUAAGUAGGUGACCUGGAAGGCAAGACUAAUCAAAGUGACAUAUUCAUGUAGGAAAUGAUCUAUAGGCCCUAUACCAUACAAUUAUUAGGCUGUACAACUGCAUAGUCCAUUCUUAAAAGCUCUUUUAGGGCUUGGAUGCCGCUAGCGGGAUCAAAAUGGACAACAUCCGAUGAAGUUGGAGACGCCAAAUUCAAAUGACAAAAUUGUAAUAUUAAACAUUCAUGAACAUACAAGUGUCUUACAUCAUUUAGAAGCUUAACUUCUCUAGGAUUCUGUUAUACUCACAGACAUUAUUUUAACCAUCUUGGAAACGUCAGAGUGUUUUCUAUCCAAUGCUACCAAUGCUACCGGCCUAGCUUCUGGGCCUGAGUAACAGGCAGUUUACUUUGGGCACGUCAGUCAUCCGGAUAUUCAGGAUACUGCCCUAAGAGGCUGAUUUAAUCAUGCCUGAUCCUGCUCUCUCUGUUAAAACUGUAUCAUAAUAAUGUACUAAAAACACUAUACUCUCUUUGCAAUGAAAAUUGGUCGUGUUUUGUGAAAUGUUUAUUAAAGUUGCCAUAUC